AUGGGAGGAUCCCGAUCUUGCGGCGGACUCCGGGGUCUCGUCGUUUAUCCACUGCAACUACAGGGGCAGCCUGCUUUGCUGUUUCCGCUUGCUUUUCUCUCUCUUUUGUUUUUUGUUCCUUUUUUUUCCAUGCUUGAGCAGUAGCGAGAGUGAGAGCGCUCAUGACGUGCUGGUGCCAGCAACGGCCUGACGUUUUCUGGCCAACUUUUCCGUGUAUAUCGCAGGAUCUAACAAGAGAGAAGGAACCGAGCGGACAAAAUUCUCGCCUGCUGGGCAGGAUCAGAUUCAGAGCACAGCACCCACCGCCACCGGGGAGAAACAAAGCAGAGCAACCGCCCUCUGCUCCUGCUCCCCUUGACAAUGACGGGUACCGUCGCCACCUCCCAGCACAGGAAGCCGGCGACUUCCCGCUUCGGUUAGGCCUGCCGUUCCACGCACCGGCGACUCAUUUUUCUUCGUUUUCUUGGUAUCUCCCACAGCUGCGACUGACGUCGACGGCGCGUUCGUCGCCUCCACGAGUCAUCUCCCGCUCCCCGCCUAUACAUACAUACAUACGCUACCGCUCCGGUUCCCGUCCCUCAAGACUCCUUCGCGCGGAGCCCCGCCGAGAGAGGCCCGGAGGCGGAAGGCCGGCCGUGCGCGUGCUGCUAUCGCGGGUCGGUCCUUGUCCAUGGAUUGAUCAAGCUUUGAUAAGUAGUUUCUCUGUUCUUGGCUCUGGGUCUCUGGGUUCAGUCCAGGCGGCUAGGCUUGUUUCUUUCAUAGCUCUACCCGGUUUUAAUUUUUGCUAGAUCAAUCCGCACUGUCACUAUCUUCAACAACAAGAUUGUGCUGGUCGCUCUUCCAAUUGAUGCGGGAAUUUCUGGUCUCCAAGAGCAAAUGAAUGCUCAGAUGAACAUCAUUUCAACGAUAUUCUCAACUGCAUAUGGUUUGAUAAUUUGGGUGCCAUUAGCCAUUAAGAAAAUCUAUGACUACUGUUAGAUCAUCAUAUUGCACACUGUUCAUCAUCUCUGUACCUGAUGAUGCCAACAGCGUUCUUAAUAGCCACAGAUGUUUAGUCCAACAACUGCAUAAGAAGGACGUGCCUGGAGGUCUACUAAGUCAAAAGUUGUUGGCCGGAUUAUAUUGUUCUUGUCUUCUCAAAGAUCACUGGAUAUGCUUGCAGCCGAGCGCUUUGUUGUGUUCAGUCCCGUUGAGUAUAUGCCGCCAAAGCUGUACUGUAUCGCUUCUUUAUGAUUGUUACCCAGUAAAAAAGAAGUGAUGCGCAACUCAGUCUCUGAAAUAUGUUAAAGCACUGACAUUUUUUAUUGCCAUGUUAGCAAUAUCAUUAUGAUAGGAUCGCAUUCUCCUUCCUGCCAUUCGCUGUGUGGUCAAUUCUGUCUCCUUGGACUUGUCGUGUCUUAAAGAAAACAAGGAUAACAUCAGGUCGGUGUUUCAGUGAUCUGGCGACCUUAUCCAAAGCCAUUGUCUAGGAGCUAGGACGCACGUUAAUUCGCUUGAGAAGCAGGUUAGGGAAAUGCCAGAAAUAAUUAGUGAAAAGGCUUAUGUAGUAGUACUAGUAGUAUAAAUAAUGACACAAGAGGCAUGCUGCCAAGGUCAGUCACAUAGUGCAUUACGUAACGUUUUCUACUCCUUGUCUGAAAGUAGUAGUAGUAGUACCUUGUUUAGCACGGGACCCGCUUAGGGUUUGGCUAGACUGAUUACGACACAACAAUAUCCUGGGAAUUCUAUGGGCCAAGCAACCCCAUGGUUCCCUUUCUUACAGUUGUAGCAUGUGUCCCUUUCCGAUCUUGGUGACACUGCCCACCUUGUCACGACGGCAUCCACACAUGAACCCGGACGGCACCGCGCGCCACAGAUCUGCAAUUUUGCGUGGCUUGCUCCGUCCCUCUCGUUAGUUCGUUGUCCUGCUCCAGUCGGAUCGAUGAUAAUCUCACUACGGUUUGAUCGAUCAAGAUGUCUACCUUGAAUUAUUGAUUGCGCCGUGAACCGUCUGAAGGUGCAAGAGCAGGAUGAAUCAGGUUAGCCAGGAGCGUGAUAAUGAUCCGUCCAAGAGAGUGAGCGGGGACGCGCCGGCGGCGGCGGCACGCGCCGGCUGCUUCGACUGCAACAUCUGCCUGGACUUCGCGGUGGAGCCUGUGGUCACCCUCUGCGGCCAUCUCUACUGCUGGCCUUGCAUCUACGAGUGGCUGCGCCGCGACGCCGCCGGCGGCACCAUCUCGGCGGCAGGGCGGCCGUGCCCCGUGUGCAAGGCCGCGCUCACGCUGGACUCGCUCGUGCCGCUCUACGGCCGUGGCGGCAGCCGGCCCAGUAAGCCACGGCUCCACCCGGCCCUUCCGCGCCGGCCGACCGUGCACCGGGGAGCCGUCGAGCAACAGAGCGCGCAAACCAGCGGUGGCAGUGGUCGCCGGCGCGUGAUCAUGGAACCCGGUUCGCCGACUCGUUCAUCCCGUCACGCGCGUGUCGGAGCCGCGCAGUUCAACAUCGUAUACCCUCCUCCGCCCUUGGGGUACGGCAUGAAUGCGAUGAACUCGACGUCCGGUGGGGUGCUCGGCGGGAUGGCCCUGGCGUUGCUCCCCUGGGUGUUCGGUGGCGAGGCGCCGGCGCCGAGCUACCCCCUGGGCGAGCUGCAAAACCUGAGCCCUAGGCUGAGGCGGCAGCACAUGGAGGUGGAGAGGUCUUUGCAUCAGUUAUUGUUCUUCCUCUUUGUGUUCGUAGUGCUGUGCCUGCUCUUGUUCUGAUCUCGCGGAGCACAUUCCUGCAACUUCUCUACGUAUAGCUGUCGUGUACUACAUAGUGCAACUCUAAAAGAGGUCAUCUGUUUGCACUAUUAACCAAAUGUCCAGCCUAUCUGCCUGUGUGACAAGUUGCGAUCAUACAUGAACAAACACUCAGUACUGGAAA